CUGCCACUAGUGUGAGGAAGGGGGGAGAGCGCUUCUCCUGAGCUAGCUAACGGCCCACCUCCUCUCUAACCGAGCCCGCCCAUCAGUUAACCCCUUAACUCCCUGCAGCAGGAGGAGGAGGUACAGACACAGACAUUUUUCUUCCUCUGACAGAAGCGGAAUUAUAGUCAGUCAACUAUGGCUACAAGAUGGGGCAUCUGCUCUGCUGGCAAGAUAUGUAACGAUUUUGUGGUAUCUCUGCAGACGCUGCCAGCUGAGGAUCACCAGGUGGCUGCAGUGGCUGCCAGAGAUCUAAAUCGCGCCAAGGAAUUUGCCCAGAGCCAUCAUAUUCCUAAAGCUUAUGGAACAUAUGAAGGACUUGCCAAAGAUCCAGACAUUGAUGUAGUGUAUGUUGGGGCCAUCCAUCCUGCCCAUAGGGAUUUGGUUCUUCUGUUUUUUAACCAUGGAAAAAAUGUCUUAUGUGAAAAGCCUAUGGCCAUGAAUCUUACUGAAGUUAAGGAGAUGAUCUCAGAUGCAAGGAAACACUGUGUCUUCCUAAUGGAGGCUUUCUGGAGCCGCUUUUUUCCAGUCUACGAAGAGAUCCGUUCUCUGCUUGAUCAAAAAGUUAUUGGAGAGGUAAAGCUUGUCCGGGCCGAAUUUUGUGCAAAUUUGGUAGGAGUUCCCCGGGUUGUCAAACAAGAACUUGGCGGGGGAGCAGUUCUGGACAUUGGUUGUUACUGUAUUCAGUUUGCCUCAAUGGUAUUUAAUGGAGAAAAACCAGAGUCUGUAACUGCAAAAGGAUUUCUGCACGAUACCGGUGUUGUUGAGACGGUGACUAUUAUUUUGCAAUAUUCUGGGAAACGCCAGGCUGUUCUCACCUGUUCUUUGGUGACUGAAAUGCCAAAUCAAGCUUUUAUCUCUGGUACCAAAGGAAUCAUUCAGAUUCCUUCAUAUAUGUGGUCUCCAACUUCCCUCAUAGUUAAUGGAAAGGAAACAAAAUAUCCUCUUCCUCCAACUAAAAAACACCUGUACUUCAGUAAUAGCACAGGACUGAGCUAUGAAGCAGAACAUGUGCGUCAAUGUCUACAGAAAGGAUUGAAAGAAAGCCCAAUCAUGAGUUUAACGGAGAGUGAACUCUUGGCCAGCAUCAUCGAAGAGGUCCAUAACCAGCUUCGUCUCUGAAAGAAUAAAUUACUUAACUAAGGUUUCUUCAUGACAUCAAUUAAUGUUUACUUUAGAAGACACUAUCUUUGCGUCAUUCAGCAAAUAAAAUGUUACUAAG